GUUCUGAUUAGACUGCCUUGCUUUGGGUUACCUGGUAUAUAAAAGCUACGAUCUGCACUUGUAUUUGGUGUUCAUAACAAAGCGAGAACUCUACAAUGAAGACCAUUGGAACAUUCGUGUGCAUAAUAGCACUGUGCUAUGCAGCCACAACCCACCGCCCACAUCUUACACACGAGCCAUCAGAAGUUGAUGCGUUCCUCUUUCAGUACGUUGCUACCACGCACCACCUACUAGUGAAAUGGCAUCCCGACAAAAAUACCUAUGAGUGUUACAUAACUACAUUGACGGAUGCAGAACGAAAUCAAAUUCACACAGAUGCUGGCAUGCGUGCUGUCGAGACGCGCGUGUUGGGUCAGCUUUCCAGUGGCACCAUGGUGCCGGACACAACAACGUUGGACCAACACGAUGUCAAAGCGUGUGGUACAGGCAGGAACCACACGAUGCCGGUCUUUUACACAAUCACCGUAUAAAUCUUGUUAGAUUCUUUUCGCAGAACCGUUAUAUUGUCUAUAGCCGUUAAUCAUAUUAGUCGCGUUCUGGGAAAACUGGGCAUAAUGCAUGCAUACGUAAAGUGACGUCCCAGAUUAGCCUGUGCAGUCCACAAGGGCUUAUAAGGGAAGACACUUUCCGCAUAAAUGUGAUUUUUUCUAAGAAGAGACUUCAUUUAAACGAAACAUGUCAUAAAAGCGAAAAGUUUUGUCCCUGAUUAGCCUGUUCGGAUUGCACCGAAUAAUCUGGGACGACGCUUUACGCCCAUGCAUAAAACCCUCUUUUUACAGAGCGCGAUUCAUAAUUUUGAGAUGGUUGGGAUAAAGAUCCAAAGGCGAACAUAUAAUUUUUCAAUAUGAAAUAUCCGGCGUGUUUUGUUUGAAAAUAAUUAAUAAUUGAAGCAAAUUUGUUUUAAAUAAGGUUUGUUCAUUUAGUAAUAAAUGUAAACGAAUGUUU